AUGACCACCGAGUACAUCUUCCUGUUUCAGUCAAAGAUCAUUGCUGCACGUGGGAGUCCUGCUUUUCUAAGAGAGGUUCCCUCCCUCUACGAAAAUGUCCUUGAGCUCCAGCUACCGGACUGCAUCGUCAACGAGGCAUUCUUGCCCAAAAACGUGAUUCUCAAAAUAGAGUAUCCUAAAGACAGGGACCUAUUCGAUCCACCAAAGACGGCGCUCUUCGAAAACGAGGCCCUCAUCUACGACCGGCUUCAACCGCUGCAAGGGAGCGUUAUCCCAAGAUACCUGGGCUUAGCGGGCAUCGCGGGCAGGAGAGCGCACCUCUUGUCAGAUAUCGGCGGCAUGUCCAUGAUCAAGAAGGAACUCCUCCGGACUGAUCCAGCGACAAACUUUGAGGAGAUGAUUUCUGUUUCACUUUGUCUCAUACGUCAACACGGCGUUCGGCUAGAGUAUCUGGACCCGUCCAACGUCCACUUGUGCGGAGAUGCGCUUUGCAUCGUGGAUCUUGAGCAUGCCCAGUUGAUUCCGUCAGACCUCUCCCACGAGGAGGAGGAAGAGGAGGAGGAUCGUCUCCGGGAACAAGUACGACAUUUCGUGGAUAACAUCCAGGCUCGACGAGAUCUUGAGAAGAAGAUGAUAGAAUUGCACAGGCAUCCUCCCUGGCGAUUCAAAUCUCCGAGACCUUAA